UCCAAGUAACCAAAUCUGCCACCUAACCUCUGGCGAUCCAUCCAUGUGCCAGAUGCGCGUCAGAAGCAGCCAGACACGCAACUCUUACAAGGAAACAAACGUCGAUAUACUUCAACAAUACUUCUGAACUACCAUCCUCGAGGGGGAAGUUCAACUACCGAUCAAGGAGAAAUGGAGAACAAGGGGCUAUUGCAAAGUAAAGAAUUGUAUCAGUAUAUCUUGAAUACUAGUGUGUACCCACGAGAAUCAGAGUUUCUCAAGGAGUUGAGAGAUGCUACUGCGGAUUAUCCAGGGGCUUUGAUGGGUACUGCACCAGAUGCGGGUCAGUUAAUGACAUUGCUUCUGGGUCUUGUUAAUGCAAAGAAGACAAUUGAAAUUGGGGUUUUCACAGGAUACUCUCUCCUCCUAACUGCUCUUGCGAUACCUGAUGAUGGGAAGAUUACAGCUAUUGAUGUUAGUCGGAAAGCAUAUGAUGACAUAGGAUUACCAAUUAUUCAAAAGGCUGGCGUUGAACAUAAAAUCGAUUUUGUUGAGUCUGUUGCUCUUCCUGUACUUGACAAACUGUUGGAAAAUGCAGAGAAUGAAGGGACCAUUGACUUUGCUUAUGUCGACGCAGACAAGGUUAACUACUGGAAUUAUCAUGAGAAAUUGUUGAAACUGUUGAGAAUUGGCGGCGUCGUAGUUUACGAUAACACAUUGUGGGGAGGAUCAGUGGCUAAGACCGAUGAAUCUUUGGUUCCAGAGCCCUACAGAGCUUCUAGGCGUCACUCAAUCGAGUUUAACAAGCUUAUAGCAGCUGAUUCUCGCAUUCGGUUGUCACAGGUCCCAGUUGGUGAUGGUAGCACUGUAUGCGUACGUCUUCAUUAGUUGCCUGUAGUUUCUUAUAUGGUAAACGGCACCAAUCAGGUAUCAACUGCAGUGUUGGCUUUCUUUGUUUUAUGAAUGACUGAUUACUUAGAAGAGAUCUGGAUUAUGAGAAGCAGGAAUAAAGAAUGGAAUGUAUGGAGAUUUAUUUAUUUCUAGAGUGGGAGUGAGAGUUAGAGUUAGUAUACACAGGAGUGAGUGCCUGUAGGUGUAUGACGUGCUUCUUCGUUUUCCAGAUUUCCCGGCUUGAGGACAAGCCUUGUUUGAAGGAGAGUGGGAUGUAAGAGCACCGGCACUACUGUGUUGUCUUUCUCAACUAUUUUUAUUCUGCAACUGUUCGAUGUUUCCGUUAAUUAGUUCUGUUGCUUUUAUUUUUGAACUCUCAA